ACGGUGACGUGUGACAAAAUAUCAAAAAAAAAUUGUAAGAUUUAAUAAAAUUAUUGCAUAUUAUAAUUUUUCCGUGAAAACAAAAACAAUUUUGGUGAUUAUAGUGGAAACGUAAGGAAGAUUCGAGUGACUACAACAAAAACAGAGAAACAUGAGAUUCUUAAACGUACAAAAGAUGCCACCGGGUGGUAACGACCAUAAUCAGGAGCGUGCGAGGCGAUUUCCGAAUCGUAGUCCCAUAAUUGAACGCAACGACGAUGCCAACAUCUUGGCUCGAAACAAUAUACCUGAAAAUAGACUGCCGGAAACAGAUGAAAACGAACCCUUCAACAUUAUAAAGUUCUAUCAUGGAAGGGAAUGGUCUGAGGUGGAGCAUUUGCUUCAACUACCACCAGAGUCGGAGAAGGGUGACGAUGAUGAAGAAGAGGAUUGGUCUCCGGCGCCAUCGCAAGCAAGUUCAGAUUCACAAGACGACCCAUUCGCUGAGGACAUUCACGAUCUAGUUAAUGUUUUGGAUAACAUGAUAAGGUCUCAGUCCAACUUAAGCUGUGAUGCAACGCGAGUUGUCGACUAUCUUGAUCUCGAUAUGUUUAAAUAUGAGACUAUAUUGUCAAAUGUUCAAAACUGGACCUGGGAAUCCGAUGAAUUUCUGAGUGAAGAAUCUUUCAAUUCCUCAGAAGUCGAUGCAGCUCCUGCACCUUAAGGAUUUCCGAUCCACUAUCCAAGCACAUAUUAAUUUUAUAUACAUAUAUUUUGUAUUUUUUUAAAUUAUUUUUACUUAGACGUAAGUUGAUAAAAACUUAGAAUCGUUGGAAGCUUUCAAUGUAUAGUCUCUUAAAAAAAAAUAUUGAUUUUUUUUUUACAGUUUAGGCAUAUCAAAAUAAAGUUAAAUUGAGUGA